GAAUAAAGGCAAGAAAUGAAUGAAUGAAAGGAAAAAUUAAUCAGAUAGCAGCCUUGAGCGAUAACCUCAGUUUCACUUUUCGAACGUGGGUGUGACUAUUUGAGCCACUUUUCACCAGUCAGUAAGUUAGUUAUUCUCUUAAAAACUAUGGGCACCAGAGAAAAAGUGUAAUUUCUAGUUUCAAAAUUAUCUAGUGAGUAAGGAUUUGUUUAUUGCCGAGUGAGUAAGUUUGGACACAACGGUUACAAUGGGUUUUCUUAGCAUUCUUAAAAAGUUGAAAGAGAAAGAAAGGGAGAUGCGUGUGCUCAUUCUCGGUCUGGACAACGCUGGGAAGACGACACUGUUGAAGCAGCUGAACAACGAAGACCCCACGACGAUAUCGCCGACAUUGGGUUUCAACAUCAAGACUGUCUGCUAUGGGGAGUACAAGCUCAACCUAUGGGACGUCGGAGGUCAAAAAUCCCUGCGGUCCUAUUGGAAGAACUAUUUCGAACAGACAGACGGCGUGAUAUGGGUUGUGGACAGCACUGACAUCCGCAGGCUCUCGGACUGUGCUGUCGAGCUGCACAAGAUUAUCAGGGAGGAGCGUCUUGUCGGCGCUUCAGUCCUCAUCCUCGCCAACAAGGCCGACCUCGAGAGUGCGCUUUCCCUGUCCAAAAUCAAAAGCGCACUCGAAUUGCAUAAAAUCACCUCGCAGCAUUGGAAACUCAUGAAAUGUUCUGCUGUCACUGGUGAAAAUGUAAUUACAGCGAUGGACUGGAUUGUUGGAGACAUCUCUGACAGAUUGUUUACUUAUUCCGGUUAAAAGAUUUUAAAUAUUUUAUUUACAUCCCUAAACUAUCGUGCUUUAGUCAACAUGUAUUGCAUUAAAUUAUCCAAUUACGCGAAAAUUUUUUACAGUAAAACAACAAUAGUUCAAUUUGUACUACAUAACAAAGCAUACAAAAUCUUUGUUAACAUUGUGGAAAAUUUGACAAUGAAAUUGCUUUUUGUAUCUGAAGUAACAAUCAUAAGAUUCAAUAUACUAGUUCCUUAAAACAAAGUAAAAUACUUAUUAAUUUUAUUUUUAUAUUGAACAUUAUGGUGUGGGUGAAAGAACAGAGUGAAUGUUUAUAUUGUUGAUGGUGUAAUUUAUUAAAUUUCUCUAUGUAUUUUUAUUUUAAAAAAUGUUCAAAUCCAGGAGAGAAAGUUUUAUAAUU